AUGGAGGAAUCUUUCUAUGCAACUUUUUGUUCCUCAUUCUUUUAUGCACCGAUCUCUCUCGUAGUCUUCUCUCUCUUGAUCUUCACACUGAGCUGGCUGAUCAAUCCAAGCUGUAACUGUGAAAUCUGCCAGAGUUACAUCACGAAGAGCUGGACAUCAGAUUUCGAUAAUCUAUGCGAUUGGUACACUCAUCUUCUCCGUAACUCGCCGACGGGCACAGUUCACGUUCAUGCACUCAACAAUAUCAUCACCGGGAACCCAGAAAACGUCGAGCAUAUACUCCAAACAAGGUUCGAGAAUUACCCAAAAGGAAAGCCCUUCUCUGAAAUCAUGGGCGAUUUUCUCGGCCGGGGAAUCUUCAAUGUCGACGGCGAAUUGUGGAAGUUUCAGAGGAAGAUGGCGAGCCUUGAGCUCGGCAGUGUCUCAAUAAAGUCGUCUGCUUUUGAGGUCGUCAGCUCCGAGAUCCAGUCCAGGCUGAUUCCCCUCUUGUCAUCCAAAGAAAACUGUGUUUUGGAUUUACAAGACGUUUUUCGACGAUUCUCAUUGGAUAACUUUUGUCGAUUCUCGUUUGGGUUAGACCCCGGUUGCCUCCAAUUAUCCCUACCGAUCUCAGAUUUUUCUGUGGCCUUUGAUCUUGCUUCAAAAUUAUCUGCUCAGAGAGCCAUGGCUGCCUCGCAGGCGAUUUGGAAGGUCAAGAGGCUACUAAACCUGGGUUCCGAGAAGAAACUCAAGGAAGCCAUUAAAAUGGUCAUGGUCCUGGUUGAUGAGGUGAUCGAGCAGAGGAGAAAAUUAGGGUUUUUCACACGGAAAGACCUUCUUUCUAGAUUCAUGGCGACCACGAACGAUGAUGGGUACCUUAGAGACAUUGUCAUUAGCUUCCUCUUGGCCGGCCAUGACACUGUGGCUUCAUCUCUGACCGGCCUCUUCUGGUUAUUGGCUCAUCAUCCAAAGGUUGUGCAAGCCAUUCGUGACGAAUCUGAUCGAAUCAUGGGAUCAACUCGAAACCUAGCGAACUUCGAGCAAAUGAAGGACAUGAACUACUUAAAAGCUACAAUCUACGAGAGUCUGCGACUCUACCCACCAGUCCAAUUUGAUUCCAAAUUCUGUCAAGCAGACGAUACUCUUCCGGAUGGUACUUUUGUCGCGAGAGGGACUAGGGUUACGUACCAUCCCUACGCAAUGGGUCGGAUGGAGCGGGUUUGGGGCGAGGGUAGUCUGGAUUUCAAGCCGGAGAGGUGGUUGCAAGACGGAGUUUUCCGGCCGGUCAGUCCUUUCAAGUACUCAGUCUUUCAAGCCGGGAUUAGGGUUUGUCUGGGCAAGGAAUUGGCACUAGAGCUGAUGAAAAUCGUCACCAUUUCGCUGAUCCGGCAGUUUGAUUUCCGGGCAGUGAUGCCAACACAUCGGCCACGAUUCAUACCCGGCCUGACCGCCACCAUAAGCGGCGGCCUUCCGGUGCUAAUCCAAGAACGGAGAGCCUAG